AAAGACGGAGGAUAGAGGGAUAAAGGCUGAUAAGGCUGCACCAGACAGCUGGCUACAGUAGAGGGAAAGAGAGGAAAGGAGAGAGAGUGUGAGUGGAGCUUUAUCCUCUCUGUGAUUCUGCUGCAGCUUCUCUCUGUCCCUGACUGACUGGUCCAACACAGACGAUGUCGUCAGAGCACCUGACCUGUGGUUGGCUGCAGCAGCUACUCGUACUUCUGAAGCUUUGCCUCGCUUUUGCUGGGCCUUUGCGACCACUCAAUGGGACCGAAUGCACGGCCAAGGGUCCUGCUUCCUACAUCCUAGUCUUUACAGGUCACUGGAGCCCACAGGCCUUCCCCAAGCAGUAUCCACUGUUCCGGCCACCUGCACAGUGGUCCAAACUCAUAGUGGUCAGCCAUAAUCGCCAUUUUCGUCUGUGGGAGGAGGGUGCUCCAGCCAGUGCAGGGGUUCAGAACUUUGCUGAACUCGGGGUGACGGUGGAGCUGAUGAAGGCAGCCAAGGAGGCCAGGAAGAGACGCACGGUGGGAGCCAUGUACCGAACGGCCGGCAUUCCUAAUGGCAUCGGGCACAGCUCCACGGAGUUGCUCAUGCAGUCCCGGAGCUCACUGUUGUCCCUGAUGGUGAAGAUGAUCCCCAGCCCUGACUGGUUUGUCGGCGUGGAAGGCCUAAACCUUUGCGAGGGCAGCCAGUGGAAACAGGAGGUGAGCAUUGACCUCCAGCCGUAUGAUGCAGGGACAGACAGUGGAUUCACUUUCUCCUCUCCCAACUUCCCCACCAGCCCCCCAGAAAACAUCACAAAGAUCACGUCUCAGAUGCCAAACCAUCCAGCCAACUCCUUCUACUAUCCACGCUUAAAGGAGCUUCCACCAAUUGCCAGCAUAAAGAUCACCCGACAGAGCAGAUCACCUGACCAGCAAACCCCAAUGUCCAAUCAUAUUCUGCCUAACUCUUUCAGUCCCCAGCGCUUCUCAGCGACACCACUGGACUGUGAAGUGUCUCUCUGGUCAUCCUGGGGUUUGUGCCUGGGUCCCUGCUCCAGAGGUGGCGUUCGCCACCGCACACGUUACAUCCUUUUGCGGCCGGCCAAUGCUGGCACCCCCUGCCCUGAGCUGGAGGAACAGGCUGAAUGUGUACCGCACAGCUGUAUGAAACUCCAGUAACCCACAGAAUGCACAAUCACAGAUACUGCCAGUAUUCGACUCUGGGACUCUCAUGUUAUUACUGCUGGACUGAGAAGUGUUGCUGCAUCUUGAGCAUCUCCUUGAUAAUGCUUGAUAAAGGAUUGCUUUGUCACAGCCAAAUUGUGGAAAUGUUUGCCUAAUGACUUGAUGCGUUAUCUGUGCAGCCCAUUAGUUUUAGAGCAUACACUCCUCAGGGUGUAUUUUAAUGAGUGAGUUUAUUUCAAAGUGUGAUUGUAGCGGAGUGUUGGACAGGUAUUAGGGUUAGAGAUAACACUACAAAUGAUGUUGGGUUAAAAAGUGAUUUUUAUAAAUUGCCAUGGAUGCAGAACAGAAAAAAAAAGACAGGAAGAAGCAUGACAUGUGUCCCCUCAAAGAACUGUACGAGACCUAUUAUGGUUUGUUCAUUACCAGUAACAUAUGUAUUUAAAGUGUAUGCUGAUAGUGGCAUACCAGAGUCACAAAUGUACGUCUUUAGCAUGCACACACUCUUACAUGUAUCCACACAUGUGCACACAGAAAUCUCCACACAAAGGUCCUUGCACAUACUGCAUACUUUUACAGGCGCGGAGGCAUUCGUUUACAUAGGUGACCUGUACAUGCUUUGCACAUGCAGCUCUUUCAAAAUAACCUCACACCGCGAUUUAUAAAUAUUACCUUUCACAAGAAAAAACCUAAGAGCUGACUUGAAGCAUAGAGCCAGUCUGAAGACGCUGGCCUAUUUUAUAACAAGAUGAAGGUUUUUAUAAAAAGAAUGAUAAAUAUUUGUUUUAAUAUCUCUUUUAAUGUUUUA